AUGGCCUUGCCGGUUGAUUCAUCCCAUGCGAGCCCUUCCUCUAAGGAUCCAGAGAAGACGUUGGAUAGUACGACAGCAUCGAGUGUGCAGAUUGAAUAUGCCCAGCAAUUACGCUUAUCGCAGGCUUACCGUGAAGAUAAUACGCACCGACGCUUGAAAGGUCGCCAUGUUCAACUUAUGGGCAUUGGAGGCACUAUCGGCACCGUUCUCUUCGUGCAAAUAGGCCAAGGUCUGCUUAAAGGUGGCCCCGGCAGCCUCUUUAUAGCUUUCACAUUCUGGUGUUCCUUUGUCCUCGCAGUCACCAUGUGUAUAGCUGAGAUGGUUUCCUAUACACCUAUAUCGUCUCCAUUUAUUCGCUUUGCUGGCCGGUAUGUUGACGACGCACUUGGUUUCGCCACUGGUUGGAACUUCUUUAUCCUCGAAGCCAUGCUGGUACCUUUUGAAGUGACAGCAUGUAAUAUUAUCAUGCGGUUCUGGACAGAUGCCAUUCCGACUGUUGUCAUGAUUAUUGUCAUUAUCGUGCUAUACUUUGCGAUAAACCUUCUAGCGGUACACUACUUUGGUGAAGUUGAGUUUUGGGCUGCUCUGGGAAAGGUCCUACUUGCUGUGGGACUUAUCCUAUUCACGUUCAUUGUAAUGGUAGGUGGAAAUCCCAAACGCGAUGUGUUCGGCUUUCGGUAUUGGAACACUCCAGGGGCCUUUGCCGAACUCUACUAUGAAGGUGCAUUAGGUAAAUGGUUUGGUUUUCUUCAUUGUCUGGUGCUAGCGUCAUUCACAAUCGCUGGCCCUGAUUAUGUCGCUAUGACUGCCGGAGAAACAGCAAGCCCACGGCAGGUCCUACCUCGGGCUUUCAAGGCCGUCUUCUAUCGCUUAACAUUCUUCUUCGUCCUAGGUUCCUUAUGCGUUGGAAUCUUGGUACCCUACGACGAUGCUGGUAUGGCCGCCGCUUUCAAAACCGGACAACCAGGAGCCGCCGCAGCCCCAUCCGUUGCAGCGAUGAAAAGGCUAGAUAUACCUGUUCUACCUCAUAUCGUUAACGGUGUAGUUCUUCUUUCGGCAUUCUCAGCUGGAAAUUCGUAUCUAUUCUGUGCCUCGAGAUCUCUUUACGGCCUUGCGCUUGACCAUAAAGCUCCGGCCUUUCUGACAAGAUGCACCAGUAAGGGUGUUCCGAUUUAUUGCGUGGCUAGUGUUCUUGUUAUUUCGCUACUCUCAUUCCUUCAGCUUUCGCAGAGCAGUGUAGUUGUGUUGAAUUGGCUUGUAUCUCUGGUUACGGCGUCCCAGCUAAUCAACUUUGCUUGCGCAUGCAUUACAUAUCUAUGCUUUUAUCGAGCGUUAAAAGCGCAGGCCUUUGACCGUAAUAGGUUGCCUUACCGGGGGCUUUUCAUGCCCUACACUGCUUGGUAUGGACUCAUCGGCACUGCUGUUAUGGCUCUGGUUGGCGGAUAUGCAGUAUUUCUUCCCUUGGAGGGUCACUGGAACGUACCAGACUUUCUUUUCUCGUAA